CUACGUAGCAAAAUAUCGGAUUUAGAAUGGUUUUAAAUUUUUUAUUUACCAAGAAUAAAUUAUCUACGGUUCUACUUGAAUCUGUGCGGAAUGCCAGUAAGAAGACUGGCGGCAGCACGAAAAAUACUAAUUGCAAAGUGAAACCGAAGCACAGAGGAUGGAAGAAACAGGAUGGUCAUACUGUGCAGGCAGGCAACAUACUUGCGACACAGAGGACUCCUAGGUUUCAUCCUGGACUUAAUGUUGGAUUUGGUCGCAACGGCACACUGUUUGCCAUGGAGCCCGGUAAAGUGGUUGUAACAUGUGAGAGAUUUGAUCCUAACUGGGAGCACACAUGGGUCCAGCGGGUCUAUGGAGGCCGGGAACAACAGACCAUCUACAAGAAAUACUUUAAUGUUAUACCUGAACCACAGCAUCAGAGGUUCAAGCUGGUUGAUGAAGUGUAAAUCAUUUAAUAUUCUUCUGUAAACAGUUUAUAUAGUAAUAUAGAAUUUGAGCUUAGUGUUGCAGUU